CAGAAAAAAUAGGAAAAUAAUUUUUGCAGUUCCCUUCAAUUUUUUUAAUAAAAAGAACGUGAUAUGACUUUUUAUUUUAAAAAUUUUGUUAAAAAAAUUUAAAAUAAUAACAUGUGUCAGAAUGUGAUUGCUCAAGUGACUUGUGAUUUAGUAUAUAAAAGAUUAUAUAAAAUAAAAUUUAAUAAAUUAUCAAAGAUAAAUACUUUUAAAACAGAAUGUUAUUAUAGACAAAAUGUUAUAAAAGAUAAAUAUAUUUAUGGUAUUUGGGUAUAAAACCGAAUAAACUGAAAACCGAUGAUAUAUAAACCGAAUCAAACUAAAUUUGAUAUUAUUUUAAUAUGGUAGUUAUUUUUUAUAAAUUAAAAACUAAAAAUUCGAACCGAAAUCGAACCGAACCGGCAUCCGGAUUAAACGCCCAGAGGAUAAAAAGAUUGGUUCAGUUACUAUCCGAACCAAAAUCUUUCGGUUUCGGGUCGGGCCCUGGUAAAAUGCCGGGUUUUAAAACUUUCUCCCAACGGAGCGAGAAUCGAAGGUCCACCGAGGAUUCUGAGGAGGAUCAAUCAAAUCGAUUUGGUUGCGUUUAAUGGCGACAAGGCUUCUUCAUCUUCAUCUUCAUCGACAUCGUUUGGAGAAAGGAACCACCCUUUCCUUUAACCGCCUUUUGAGCCUCUCUCUCUGGUUUCGUGCUUUCUGCGAUUACCGAGCGAUUCUGAGAAACAGUCUUCCCUUCAACGAAGCUCUGGAUCUCUUCACUCGCAUGGUCGAGUCCCGCCCCCUUCCUUCCACCGUCGAUUUCACCAAGCUACUCACCGCUAUCUCCAAAUCUAAGAGAUUCGACGUCGUCAUCGCUCUCUGCAACCAUCUGGAGACGUUAGGGAUUCCGCACGAUCUCUACACUUGCAACCUCGUCAUGAACUGCUUCUCCCGAUCCUCUCAGCCUCAUCUCGCUUCGUCGUUUCUCGGGAAGAUGAUGAAACUCGGGUUUAGCCCCGACAUCGUCACGUUCACAUCUCUCGUCAAUGGGAAUAGACCCGAGGAUGCGAUGUAUAUCGUUAAUCAGAUGGGAAUCGAACCUGACGUUGUGAUGUACACCACGCUCAUCGAGAGUCUCUGCAGAAACGGACUUGUGGAUAACGCGAUGAGCUUGUUUAACCAAAUGGAGAUUAAAGCUGACGCCGUUACUUACACGUCUCUCGUGAACGGUCUUUGUAACUCCGGUAGGUUGAGUGACGCCGUUAGUUUACUUAACGAUAUGAUGAGAAGGAGGAUCAACCCUGAUGUAGUCACUUUCAAUGCGUUGAUCGACGGGUUUGUGAAAAAGGGGAAGCUUCUGGAGGCUAGAGAGGUCUACAGCGAGAUGAUUCGAGUCUCUGUAGCUCCUGAUGUUUUCACUUACACCUCGUUGAUCAAUGGAUUAUGCAUGGAAGGCCGCGUCGACGAGGCCAAGGAAAUGUUUUACUCAAUGGAGGACAAGGGCUGCUUUCCAGAUGUAGUGGCUUAUACAUCUCUCAUCAACGGGUUCUGCAAAUCGAGAAAGGUUGAGUACGGGAUGAAACUCUUCUACGAGAUGACUCAGAGAGGUUUACUUGGUAACACCGUCACUUACACGGCUCUCAUCCAAGGUUUCUGUCAAGUGGGGAGACAUAAGGCUGCACAAGAGUUUUUUAGUCAGAUGGUUUCUCGUGGGGUAUCUCCCAAUAUUAGGACCUACAACGUUUUGUUACAUGGACUGUGUUUGAACGGGAAGCUAGGUAAAGCGUUGUUGAUAUUCGAGGAUAUACAAAAGAGAGAGAUUGAUGUUAAUAUUAUUACGUAUACUAUCAUCAUUCAAGGGAUGUGCAAAGCUGGUAAACUCAGAGAUGCUGUUGAUUUGUUUUGUAGCCUCCCUUCCAAAGGGAUGAAGCCUAACGUUGUAACGUACAGUACAAUGAUAUCAGGGUUGUUUAGGGAAGGUUUUAAGCUUGAAGCACAUGUGUUGUUUAGGAAAAUGAAAGAAGAUGGGGUUCUACAAAAUUAGGUGGAAAUGUGAACUGAUCAUAGUAUUGAUGAGGGAUUGCUUCUUCUACUCACACAGUUACAGUUUCUAACUAUGAUGCAACUUUCAUAAGAACCUGUUGCCUAUAUGUGUAGGAUGAUGAUACAGCCUGAUAAUGUCACAUUUGUAUCUUUGAUUCUGGUUCCAAGGAGAUGCCUAACAUAGGCUCCUAUAAAGAUGGGAGUUUCAUACACGUAACUAAUUAGUGAAGCAGCAAGGAUUUGAUGAAGCUGUGAGAUUGUUUAUACAUACGGUGAGGACUUUUUUUUAGAGUAGUGUAUGUAGACUCAUUUAGGUAAGUGCAUACAAUUAUAGAUUGAUUUCUUUCAUAUGUAUUCUUUUGUACCCUUGUAAUUCAAGAAGUCUCUCAAAAUAAAUAUAUGUUCUCUUUUUGCUUUGUUGGGAAAAAUGAGAAAAAAGAAAAAAAAUCUUGGGAAAAUUGUUUUUUAAGCCAAAAAAAAAUAAAUACAGUAGAAGUGUAGAACCUCUAUAAAUUAAUAUUCGAUAAAUUAAUAAUUUCUAUAAUUAAUAAAAUUUAAAACUUUCAUGUAAAUUUUUGGUCCCAAAAAUAUCAUAAAUUAAUAAAUACUAUAUAAGAACUUAUGCAUAUAUCUAAGAUAGUCUACUAAAAUAUGAGACUAUUGUUCUCUAUUUCUUCUUAAAAUAAAAAUCUUUUUAGAGCUCGUCUCUGAUUUUUCUUAUUACAUCAAGAAUUUCUGAUGUUGUCUUCUCGAACUGCAUCCAAAAAUUGUAAAGAGUUUUGGAGGCGACAAUUGCUUCCUUACGUGUAACUGUUUCCAAAAGUAUCACAACAUCACAAUUGCCGAUCUUUUUUAGUACAUGAAGUAUGAUAUUUUUUAUACUCGCAUAGUUCUCUGCGUAUUUUAUCUGUCAUUGUUGAUUUUGGAAUAUUUUUAAAAUGAGAAGACAUUGUUGAAAGCUUAGCAAAGAAAAAUAAAAGUGAUUUUUUGUUUGAUGCUUGUCAAUUUACGUGACAUAUAAAAUGGUAUAUAUAAUAAUUCUCUUAAAGCAACAAAAAGAAAAUUUAAAUGAGAAAAUAUGAACAUUAUGUAAAACAUGAAAAUAUGUAAAUG